AUGUCGACUGAGGUUUUGCAGCGGCUCAGCACCAUAGCACUGAGCACCAAGCACCUGCGUCGUCUCCCUCACCUCUCAGACUUCCUCCCUUUCUCUUGCUCCCAGGUACCCAGCCUGUUCCGGGAACCCUACAUCCUGUCAGGAUACCGUCCUGUCCAGCAAGACUGGCGCUGCUACCUCCUCAGCCUCUUCCGGAAACAUAAUGAGUCCCUGAACGUGUGGACCCACUUGCUGGCCGGUCCUGUCCUGCUGCUCCGCUGGUGGGCCAAUGUAGACACCCUGGGGUGCACCUUGGAUGACGUUACCUCGCUACCUCUGCUCCUGUUCUUGGUGUCAUCUCUCACAUAUCUGUACCUCAGUGUGGCGGCUCAUCUCCUGCAAUCUCACUCCGAACGCGCGCACUACUUCUUCUUCUUGGACUACGUGGGUGGCCUGUAUCAGUAUGGGUGCUCGCUCGGCCACUAUUUCUACGCGUCUGAGCCAGCGUGGCGAGAACACGUUGGGGUAAUCUUUCUGCCUGGCGCCGCCUUCUUUGGGUGGCUCUCCUGCACCGGUUGCUGUUACGCCAAGUUCAGGUACAGGCGGCCAUAUCCACCUCAGCGUAAAGUGUGCCAGCUGAUCCCCACCGGCCUAGCGUACGUGCUGGAUAUCAGCCCCGUAGCCCACCGCCUGCUCACUGUCUCCUGGUCACAGGAGCCCUCGCUACCCUUCCACGCUCUCCAGAUUGCCUGUUUCCUCUUGUCUGCCCUCUUCUUCUCUUGCUCCAUCCCUGAGCGCUUCUUUCCAGGCAACUGUGACUUUGCAGGCCAGGGUCACCAAAUGUUCCACGUGCUUCUGUCCCUGUGCACCUUGUCCCAGCUGGAGGCUUUGUUCCAGGACUACGCCCGGUGGAGGGAUACAGUGGUGGAGUUAUUUGGGGAGCGGCAGUUGUGGUGGGCGUGCGUAUCCUUCCCCGUCUUGUUUGUGUGCUGUAUCCUGACGGCGCUGAUCGCAAUGAGGCACAUGAGCAAGGCACUGCAGAGUAAAGACGAGUGAGAGCGCAACGAAGA